GAUGUGGAACUGAACGAUAAAGAUGCUUCUGUCAAGAGAGAUUCAUGGCCCGCGGCGGUCAUCUUGUUCUGCCUCCGUGAUUACCAGAUCUAGCUCAUUGGGUUUAGAUAUCGAUACUAUAGGUCCUCAAGGACUCGAAGGUGAUUAAAUUCGGUCUUAAACACUGAAGAUAUUGAAUUUUGAUGAUUCGAGCUGCAAUCUGCAGAAGUUUGGGCUUAACUAAGAAAUAUCGAACGGUUUCUUUGUAGAGAUUCAUCUUCAGCAUCCAUCCAAUGUUUUGUUUUCCAGAUUGUUGCGUCAGGUGAAAGAUAUGAAAACGAUGCAAUUCUUAAGAUAUUAAUAAAACUCUUAUUAAUUUCUGCAUCCUGUUUGAUGCCCGGAAGUAUUUUUGUGAAAUGAAAUUUUAUGAAGAGUAAAAUUCAAGAAAGUGUUAUGAGAAUGAAACUUCUUGUUUACAGUUAAAAUUUCAAGCUGAUUUUGUUAUUUUAGAAUAGCUUCUCUAAAUCAUCAUAAAAAAAAUCAUUGCUAACGAAAAUCGACAAAAACAUCGAAAGACUGCAGACAUUUUUUUGGCCUUUCAAUAUUUAUUGUGACUUUGUCAUACCAAAAACAAUGCAAGUAGAUAGGUCCCCUCUGGCACCUUUGGCAUUUUCUGAAUCAAAUGGAUGUCGAAGCUCUCACUUAGCAUCUACUUUAGGAAACAGAACAAUUUCAGAUGAAAGAAAAUCCACCCCUAUACAUUCCAUAGAUGCUAUCCUAGGAUUGAAAACUUGGAAAAGAAUGAGGAACAGUCCAUCACCACCCCCAAGUAAAUCUCCUUGUGAUAGAGAACUCAUGGGAGAAUGCAGUAGUCCACAUCAUGUCAAAAUUUUUAGACCAACUGAAGAUCUGGAAGAUCAUACAAGAGAGAAUUCAAGAAGUCCAGAUGAUAAUCAUAUGUCUUCAAAUUCUCAUACCGACUCUAAUGGUGGGGGUAAUAAAGCAGAUGGAGAUAGUGGAUCCGAGGAAGGUCCAAAAAAGAAACAUAGGAGAAACAGAACCACUUUUACUACUUAUCAAUUACAUGAGCUUGAGAGAGCGUUCGAAAAGUCACACUAUCCUGAUGUCUAUAGUAGGGAAGAGCUGGCAAUGAAGGUCAAUUUGCCAGAAGUAAGAGUACAGGUAUGGUUUCAAAAUCGUCGAGCCAAAUGGCGCCGCCAAGAAAAACUAGAAAGCCAAAACGCUCUUCGUACUCUUGGUCAUUGCUCUGGUGAUUAUUCUCUAACUGGAGGUCGACCUCAAUCUCCAAUGACUAGUUUAGCUCUUGGAUCCUGCUCUCCUCCAACAUCUGUAGUCACGUCUACAGGUCCCAGCCAAAUUUCACUUGACCCCUGGUCAUUAGCAUCACCACUUAUAGGAUCUUCUUUAGCUGCUGGACUACCAGGCUUCUUGAACAGGCAUCCUUCUGUGUAUCCUAGCUACCUUACACCAGCAGCACCAGCCACAACAUUAACAGUCCCUUGCAGUAUGGCUGAGCUUGCUUCUGGAGCACCAUCUAUACCUCUGGAGCACCCGGGACCGGUGAAUUUGUCCCUGGGACCAACUGAUACUAAGCCAGACGAUAAUGGUCUAGAUCCUAGAAGCUCCAGUAUUGUUUCUUUGAGAAUGAAAGCAAAGGAACAUGUAGAAUAUUUGAGUAAAGGACUUGUAAUUAUGUGAGCUUGGAAAGUUUAACUAGAUAACCUGUUAUUGGAACGAAAGAAAAUUGAUUUCAAAGUAAACUUUACAGUUCUUUAUGGUGAAAAAAAGGAACGUUUUGAAUAGCGCAUAUGGAACAAAAAUCUUUUAUUACUCUUUGAAUUGUAAGAUAUUUAUUGACUGAACUUUGUCAAAGAGAUUACGUUUUUAAAAUAAGGAACGUGAGUGGAUUAGUGAUUUCAAUUUCAAAUGUAAAGAAGAGAGAAAAAUUCUGGAAAUUUUAUCGUAAUUUAAAAAA